AUGAAAAAGACAUCGCCUAGCGAUUUCUACGCCAACAGUUCACUUGCCAAUAAUCCGGCGUCGUCAUGGGGUUAUAAACCGGAUAAUCCCAUCAAUUCGAGCGGGGACACUUUUGCUGUCAGGGAGCUGGGUCCAUAUAUCAGCGUUAACAAAGUUGAAACGUUUCUCAAUGUCGCCAAUUUUAUGACUUCAUUUUUCCACAUCGACGAUGGACGGAGUCGUCUUUUGGGACGUUAUAUGAAUAAUCAAAUUUCGCAUUAUAAAGCCAGUGAAAUCGAUAAUCGUCACUACAUUGGAUUGGUUAUGAAAAGCCCAAAUGGGAAACGAGAAUGCAAUGUUAUAAUGAUUGAUGCAGUUGAUGAACUUUUGCGAAAGCUACAAAGUGUAGAUGCUUUAAACCAUUUACCGAUUGCAACAUUGGGAGCUAGAUUAAAGAGUACUCAAGACUACGAUUUCAAGCUAGAAAUGUUGGCAUGUUUCCAUGGAGUGCUCGAACAUUCCGCUGCUUGUUCAAGGCUGCGCAAUUCUGGAGACUUUUUAGUCAGAUCAAGUCCCAAUCAACCGGGUGUCUUCGUAGCUACUUAUAAAAUUGGACCAAAUCAAUUCGAAAAAGCAAUAUUUCCUGAAAACAAUAUUAACAUUUUCAAGCAGUUUCAAGUGCGAAAUUGUGUUUUGAAACGCCCAAUUGUUAGACCGGAUUUUUGA